AUGUCUCCACCAAGCAUACCGCACGUUCCUGCCAGCGACGGUAGUCUACCUAUCCUCGCCGCGCUAAAAGAAGCUGGCGGCGUUAUCAUCGAGGGGCUGCUGACCCCGGAUCAAGUCAAGGAUAUGAACAAAGAUCUUGACGAGCCGCUUCAUAACUUGGACCCUGGCUCCAAGCACAACUCUGAAAGAAUCAAGAGCUUUCAUGGAGUGAACACCAAGCGCCUGACAGGUCUUACGACUUGCAGCAAGACAUUUCGGGAUUAUCUCCUUGACCAUGAUCUCUGUCACCACAUUGCAGAGCGCAUUUUUCAUCCUCAAACGGGCACAUACUGGCUUACGACCGCCCAGGUUAUCGAAAUCGGGCCAGGGAAUAAGGAACAAGUCCUACACCGGGACCAGAAUCAGUUCCAGGUUUUUAACCAACUGGGACCUAAUGGACCGGAAGCAACCAUCAACUUCCUGGUCGCCUUGACUGAUUUUACAGAGGAAAACGGCGCGACCCGCGUCAUCCCCGGCUCGCACAAGUGGCCAGAUUUUUCCAUCCCGGGUGAUCCCAAUGACACCAUCCCUGCAGAGAUGAAGGCUGGAGACGCUUGCCUAAUUUUGGGCAAAACGAUCCACGGUGGUGGCGCCAACAAGACAGCUUCAGAGUAUCGCAGGGCUGUUUCAUUUCCCCUGCAAGCUUCGUUCCUCACGCCUGAAGAGGCUUACGUUCAUAUUACCCCAAAAGAAAUUGUCAAAGGGUUGUCGCUACGCGCUCAGCGCAUGAUUGGAUUUCGUUCCCAAUUCCCUAAAGGAAGUCCCGGCCUGUGGCAGGCCAACUACUCGGAAAUCGGCGACCAGAUUGGCCUCCCUGGUGUAGAGGAUGUUGUCGAGCGGAUGAAGGCAGGAGAAGACCAGUUUCAGGAUAUUAGAGAUCUUUGA